AUGUUUACUAUAAUUACAGUAACAACUAAUACAUUUCUCUUACUACUACUAACAUUAUUACCAACUAUGGCAUUUUUCUUCGGUUCCAGUACUGAUCAAAAUCAUUGCAAUCGUUUAAAAGUUGAACAAUGUUUCAAAACUGCCUUUCAGACAAUGCGUAUUCGACGAAAUGUUGAUAACAAUCAAAGUCAAUCAACAGAAACGUCGAAAGUACGACAUCGAUGUUCGUUGAGAAGCGUAACACACGUGAUGAUGCCGAGAAAUCAGCACUUAUGUGCUGCAAAUCGACAUUACUUAUCGUGUUUCAAUAAUGACGCAUGCCAAGAUGAUUAUACGGCACAGAUUGCAUCAACUGUAUUUAACCAAAUUCACGGGCGCAUUUUACCGAUACAAAUGUUUUUAGCACAUCGAGGAUAUGCUCUACGGGUAAGUUUAUCUUUUCAAAAUUAA